AUGAUGCUCCCCCAGUCCUCUGCUCUCUCUCCCCCAGUCCUCUGCUCUCUCUCCCCCAGUCCUCUGCUCUCUCUACCCCAGUCCUCUGCUCCCUCUCCCCCAGUCCUCUGCUCUCGCUUUCCUCCAGUCCUCUGCUCUCGCUUUCCUCCAGUCCUCUGCUCCCUCUACCCCAGUCCUCUGCUCCCUCUACCCCAGUCCUCUGCUCCCUCUCCCCCAGUCCUCUGCUCUCUCUUUCCUCCAGUCCUCUGCUCUCUCUACCCCAGUACUCUGCUCUCUCACCCCCAGUCCUCUGCUCUCUCUUUCCUCCAGUCCUCUGCUCUCUCUUUCCUCCAGUCCUCUGCUCUCUCUACCCCAGUCCUCUGCUCCCUCUCCCCAGUCCUUUGCUCUCUCUUUCCCCCAGUCCUCUGCUCUCUCUCCCCCAGUCCUCUGCUCUCUCUUUCCCCCAGUCCUCUGCUCCCUCUACCCCAGUCCUCUGCUCCCUCUCCCCAGUCCUCUGCUCUCUCUCUCCCCCAGUCCUCUGCUCUCUCUCUCCCCCAGUCCUCUGCUCUCUCUCCCCCAGUCCUCUGCUCCCUCUCCCCCAGUCCUCUGCUCUCUCUCCCCCAGUCCUCUGCUCCCUCUCCCCAGUCCUCUGCUCCCUCUACCCCAGUCCUCUGCUCUCUCUACCCCAGUCCUCUGCUCUCUCUCCCCAGUCCUCUGCUCUCUCUGCCCCAGUCCUCUGCUCUCUCUCUCCCAGCCCUCUGCUCUCUCUCUUUCCCAGUCCUCGUCUCUCUCACCCCCAGUCCUCUGCUCUCUUUCUCCCAGUCCUCUGCUCUCUCUUUCCCCCAGUCCUCUGCUCUCUCUUUCCCCCAGUCCUCUGCUCUCUCUCCCCCAGUCCUCUGCUCUCUCUCCCAGUCCUCUGCUCUCUCCCCCAGUCCUCUGCUCUCUCCCCCAGUCUUCUGCUCUCUCUCCCAGUCCUCUGCUCUCUCUCCCAGUCCUCUGCUCUCUCUCCCAGUCCUCUGCUCUCUCCCCCAGUCUUCUGCUCUCUCUCCCAGUCCUCUGCUCUCUCUCUCCCAGUCCUCUGCUCUCUCUCCCCCAGUCCUCUGCUCUCUCUCCCAGUCCUCUGCUCUCUCUCCCAGUCCUCUGCUCUCUCUCCCAGUCCUCUGCUCUCUCCCCCAGUCCUCUGCUCUCUCUCCCCCAGUCCUCUGCUCUCUCUCUCCCAGUCCUCUGCUCUCUCUCCCAGUCCUCUGCUCUCUCCCCCAGUCUUCUGCUCUCUCUCCCAGUCUUCUGCUCUCUCUCCCAGUCCUCUGCUCUCUCUCUCCCAGUCCUCUGCUCUCUCUCCCCCAGUCCUCUGCUCUCUCUCCCAGUCCUCUGCUCUCUCUCCCAGUCCUCUGCUCUCUCCCCCAGUCCUCUGCUCUCUCCCCCAGUCUUCUGCUCUCUCUCCCAGUCCUCUGCUCUCUCUCUCCCAGUCCUCUGCUCUCUCUCCCCCAGUCCUCUGCUCUCUCUCCCAGUCCUCUGCUCUCUCUCCCAGUCCUCUGCUCUCUCUCUCCCAGUCCUCUGCUCUCUCUCCCCCAGUCCUCUGCUCUCUCUACCCCAGUCCUCUGCUCUCUCCCCCAGUCCUCUGCUCUCUCUCCCCCAGUCCUCUGCUCUCUCUCUCCCAGUCCUCUGCUCUCUCUCCCCCAGUCCUCUGCUCUCUCUCUCCCAGUCCUCUGCUCUCUCUCCCCCAGUCCUCUGCUCUCUAUCCCGUCCUCGUCUCUCUCACCUCCAGUCCUCUUCUUUCUCUCUCCAUCCCAGUCCUCUGCUCUCUCUCUCUCUCCCAGUCCUCUGCUCUCUCUCACCCCCAGUCCUCUUCUCUCUCUCUCUCUCUCCCAUCCCCCUCCUCCUUCCUCGUUCUUCUCAUGCGAGCAGCACCAGAGCUUAUUCCACUAA